GUGCUCGGAGAGCAAUAGCUGCAGCCAGCAGUUCGAGCACCUAUCCGUCACAGCUCAUCGACGCCUCCACGGUUGCCCAUCAUCGCCAUUCUUCGAACCAUACAAGCGUUCCCUACAAGCCCAGCUAGUUACAGAAAUGUCGCUCACAAGACAGUCAAUCCUCGCUCCCCAACCCGCAACAACCCGCGCAUCGCCCACGCACCUCUCCGUCGACCCGAAGGGAGAGCGUAUAGCCUACACUUCGGGUAAAUCCGUCUUCCUCCGCAACAUCGACGACCCGUCCAUCUGCACGCACCAGUACACGGGCCACACAGCUAUCGUCAACGUUGCACGGUUCUCGCCGUCGGGCUACUAUGUCGCCUCGGGAGAUGCCUCGGGGAAGAUCCGGAUCUGGGACUGUGUCGGCGACGAGAUGGUCACCAAGGGCGAGUUCCACAUCAUCUCUGGUCCCAUCAAGGACCUUGCGUGGGAUGGCGAGAGCAAGCGGAUCAUUGCGGUGGGGGAUGGAAAGGAGAGGUUCGGCCACUGCAUAACCUUCGACACGGGCAACAGCGUCGGCGAGAUUACAGGGCAGAGCAGUGUGAUCAACAGCGUAUCAAUCCGGCAGCAGCGGCCGUACCGUGCCGCCACCGCAUCCGAUGACCAGACACUCGUGUUCUACCACGGCGCGCCCUUCAAGUUCAAUGCGCCUCUCAAGGGCCACCACAGCAACUUCGUUCUUGGCGUAGCGUUCUCGCCGGACGGCGCAUACUUCGUCUCCGUGGGUGCCGACAGGAAGAUAUUUCUGUUCGACGGGAAGGAGGGGACGUUGAUUGCGGAAAUCUUGAGUGAGGGGGCGCACAAGGGGAGCAUUCUUUCCGUCUCCUGGGGCAAAGAUUCGAAGCGGUUUGUCACCGCGUCGGCGGAUCAGACGGUUAAGCUGUGGGACGUGGACCUGCGGGGGCUGGUGCAGACGUGGACCUUUGGGAAGGGCGGAUCGAUCCCGGAUCAACAGGUCGGUAUUGUGUGGACUCCCCGCGAGGAUGGGUUGAUCAUUUCCCUGUCCCUUUCCGGCGAUUUGAACUACCUCUACUCCGGCGGGGCGGAGCCAACCCGCACCAUCACCGGCCACCAAAAGCCCAUCACAGCACUGGAGGUCUCGACGACCAAGGCGCUGCUCACCGGCUCCAACGACGGCCGCGUCUGCAGCUGGGACUUUAAGACCGGCACCGCAUCCGUCAUCUCGGGCGAGGGCCACAGCGGCGUGGUCACCGGCUUCGUCGAGACCUCGGCGAACAUCAUAUCCAGCAUUGCCUGGGACGACCAGCUCCGCACCAUCGUCGGCAGUGCCGGCUCGUUCGCUCCCAGCUCCGUCCCCACCGACUCACAGCCCAAGGGCGUCGCCCUCCUCUCCCCCAGCAACCUGGCGGUCCUCACCACCACCCACCUGCAAAUCUACAACUGCACCAGCACCCCGCCCUCGCUCACAACUACGCACAAGCUCACCUUCACACCCACCGCGCUGGCCGCGUCCCCAGCGGUAGGUCACAUCGCCGUCGCGGGGCAAGACAACCAGAUCCGGAUCUACACGUACUCGUCCACCACCGGGAUCACGGACGUAUCCACGAUCGCCCUCACCCGCAGCCACGCAACCGCGUUAUCCUACUCCCCGGACGGCAGCCACUUCGCAUCCGGCGACUCCGCAGGUCUGAUCGGGCUGUACACUACCUCCACCUCCGCCUACGCGAAAAAAACCGACCGCUGGGCCUUCCACACGGCGCGGAUCGACGACAUCGCGUGGAACGCUGCGGGCACCCACGUCGCUACCGCAAGCCUCGACACGAACCUGUUCAUAUACGGCGUCGAUAAGCCAAUGAAGAACUGCAAGGUCCGCAAUGCCCACAUGGGCGGGAUUAGUGGCGUUAGGUGGGUUGAUGAUGGCACCGUUGUUAGUGUCGGCAAUGAUGGCGCUGUCAAAAGGUGGAGCGUUGUGUUGCCGGCUUAGGAUGCUGGUGACGCUGGUGAUGGUGACGCUGAGGGGGAUGGUGAAGGGGGUGGACAACAGGGGAAGGAGAAUGGUGGGCGUAUGAGAUUGUCUGAUGCGCCGAGGUUGUCCGGGCGAAUAUGGUGUUGAGGGAGAGGGGGGCUCUGUUUUGUUUUGUUUUGUACAGCGCCGCUAAGAAGAGAUCACGAUGAUGAGUAAAACGAU